UGCUCGCGCGCGGCCGGCGAUGGGAGCCCCGGGCCCCGCGUGCGCGGCGCGCGAGCCGCUGGCGCGGGAGUCGCCGGUGUCGCCGGUGUCGCCGGUGCGCUCCGUGCUGCGGCACGUGCGGCUGGAGAACCUGGCCGCGGGCAUGAGCGGCGGCGUCCUGUCCACCCUGGCGCUGCACCCGCUGGACCUCGUCAAGAUCCGCUUCGCAGUGAACGAUGGAUUGGAGCUGAGGCCAAAGUACAAUGGGAUUCUCCACUGUAUGAGCACUGUCUGGAAGAACGAAGGACUGCGAGGCUUAUAUCAAGGGGUAACUCCAAACAUGGUGGGAGCAGGGGCUUCCUGGGGACUUUACUUUUUCUUUUACAAUGCCAUCAAAGCUUACAAGAAGGAAGGGAAGAUGGAAAGUCUCAGUGCAAGCGAACACCUAGUGUCAGCUGCACAGGCUGGAGCCAUGACUCUCUGCAUUACCAACCCAAUAUGGGUAAUGAAGACUCGGCUUGUGCUACAAUAUAACGCUGGUGUGGAUCCAUCCAAGCGGCAAUACAGAGGAAUGGUUGAUGCUCUUGUAAAGAUAUACAGGACAGAGGGCAUACGUGGCUUGUAUAAGGGAUUUGUGCCUGGUCUGUUCGGAACUUCACACGGAGCACUUCAGUUCAUGGCCUACGAGGAUUUGAAAGAGAGAUACAACAAGUAUAGAAACAGAGUGUCAGAUACAAAAUUGAACACUGUGGAAUACAUAAUGAUGGCAGCUGUAUCCAAAAUAUUUGCUGUGUCAGCAACAUAYCCCUAUCAAGUUGUGCGAGCUCGUCUUCAAGAUCAGCAUAACACAUAUUCUGGUGUGUUUGAUGUGAUCCGCAGGACGUGGAGGAAAGAAGGCGUUCAUGGAUUUUACAAAGGAAUUAUACCCAAUGUGAUCAGAGUGACUCCUGCCUGCUGUAUUACCUUUGUAGUUUAUGAAAAUGUGUCUGGCUUUUUACUUGGCUUUAGAAAAGAAAAUAAUUAAAGGUAUGAACUUGUGUUCCUAGGAAGRAAUCCUUUAUUUUUUAUAUUUAUGAUCUGGGAAAAGCUUUGUUCAGCAGUCUUCUUUGACACUGUGAAUUGAUCUGGUCUUUUGAGGAAAGAAUGUAGAGACAGYGAAACCCUGCCAACAUCUCUCCUGUUGAAUGUUCCUGCAUUGCUGCCUUCCUCUCUGAAUCAGCUGUGUCUGCUUGAAACAGAUGUCUGCAACUGUGAAAUGAUAGUGCUGGGACUGGGUGAAGGCAGCUGCACAGCAAUUCCAUUCAUCCUGGCCUGCCUGGAAUAACCAACUAAGCAGUCUCAACAAGUCUCAAGAUAACAGUUGGUUAGAUUCUGCUUCUGCACUAAUGGAAAACUUCUCAUGAAAACAGCCCCGGGGCCUGUCAAAACUUUCUUAAAUUUCUGAGUCUCAUUAAAACAAGGAAUGUCA